AUGGAGGCGGAGAGAAAGCGCUCAAAAGGAGGGUUCUUUCAUAUGUUUGAUUGGAAUGGGAAGAAGUCCCGUAAGAAGCUCUUCCCAAACAAUCCAGAACUAGCAGAAGGAACCAAACUAUGGAAAGAAAACGUUGAACGAGGGCCGAAGUUGCAGCUUCAUACUAUAGAGUUUGAAGAUAAAAGAGGAAAUGCGAGCACCAAAGCGAGUAGUAGUGACUUAAGCUGUGCUUCAUCAGUAACUAGUGACGACGCUUAUGGAACUAGACCUGCCAGUGUAGUUGCAAGACUCAUGGGUUUAGAUUCAAUGCCUACAACAUCAGCUCUGACCGAACCCUCUUCGAAUCAACAACUCCAACCCCGUAUAGUUAGAAAUUCACAGUACAGUCCUAUGGACUUUCUCGGUGUCUCUGGUAGGAUGGAAAUGCACCAUUGGAGGGAAUCAAGGCAGCCAAUUGAAAGAUUUCAGACCGAAACUUUGCCGCCGAGAUCAGCUAAAUCAAUCCCAGUCACCCAUCACAGGCUAUUAUCUCCAAUUAAGUGUCCUGGAUUCAUCUCGCCGAAGGACGUAGCUUCCAUUGCUGAGGCAGCUGCCAAGAUAAUGGAGGCAAGUCCUAGGGCAGUGAAUAAUACCACUAGAGUGCCAUCAAUCGGUUCGCCUUCAGUUCCCAUGAGAAUCAGGGAUUUGAAGCAGAAAAUGGAAGCUGCACAUAGGGUGGCUAAACCUGGAACUUCAAGUGAACCUGGGAGAAAUUUGAAGGGUCAGCGUAGAGACGAGAGUAAGAGUGGAUCAUCAUUAGCAGGCUCAUCUUCAUUCAGCAAGCCUCCAAAGGCUUCUCCUGAAAUCGCUAGGGCAAAAGGGAAAUUAGUCCAACAAAGACCAGAUGGUUCAUCAACCAGAAGUAAUAACAGUAGAAUCAAGCCAAAGGAGAAAAAUGAGAUGAAAUCCCAGCAAAGCAUGCAAAGGAGUGUUCACAAGAAGGCCAUUGAAAAUAGGAGCAAUGUGCUUAAACAGAACAACCAGAAGCAAAAUAAUACUCUAUCUAGAAAGGGACCUUCAACCUCAAAGCAAGGUGGUAUAGCUGCAGCUCGGGCCUCGAGUGGUUCCUCGGGUUCAAAUAGGACUGUCAGCACGGUAUCUAUGAACUCCGAGAAGGAGAAGAGGAAGGCUUUCUCUCAGAAGAAACAGACAAUAAACGGUGAUCCUCCAUCAAACAGUGGGGCUUCUGCUACUCGGUUAUAUAAUAAGGAUUCGAGAGCCAUCAACUGUAAAAUUGCAGCUGAUGAAUGCAUGAAGAACACGGGAAAUGAGAAGAACAGUUUGGAUGUGGUUUCAUUCACAUUCACUUCUCCAAUGGUGAGGAACAACAUGUCUAGGUCAUCUCUGUCCUCGGAUGGUUCGACACGGAACAGUAUUGGCUUGAGUAUGAUUGGUGGUGAUGAGUUGGGUAUUCUUCUGGAAAGAAAGUUGAGAGAGUUGACGGAUAAAAUGGAGUCAGGGUCACUUAAGUCAGCACCAUCAGUUAACGUAAUGAGUGAUACGUCCUCGGCAGCUGAGCAGAAUGUUUCUGAACUUAGUUUAGAUAAAGUGGAGUUGCACAAGGCAGAUGGCGAGUGGUUAUCUGAAGAGAAGUUACCAUUGAACUCUCACCCUGAGCGCCAGUAUCAGCAAUCAGAAGAAACAGAAGAGCAUAGCUGUAGCAGCAGUUACAUUGAAAGAGGGAAAGAACUUGGAUCUCAACCUCCUAGUUAUACAGAAUGGAUUCCAGACCAAAGUUGCUCAGAUUCUCAGGGUAGUGAUCAACUAUGUUCAUCCUCGGCUCAAGCUCCAACCACAUUAAACACGACCUCAACUACCAGAACUCAGGACGAUGAAGAACUCGAAACCGAGCUAUCAGAUUCUGCCACCUCCUCAAUCUCCAUGGCUAGCCACCUUCGACAAACCCCCUCAGCAAUACUCCCAGCAACGACAACCAAGCAUAACAACGAUCCAAGCAACUGGGAACUCGACUACGUUAGCCACAUCCUAGACACCGCCGAGAUGAACCUCGAAGACCUGGCACUGAGCUGUAGCCCCUCCAAGGUCAUAUCCCCGAACCUCUUCGAACACGAGGAGAGUAACUCGAGUAGAAGCCAUGACGAGCUCUCCUCGAAACUCGAUAGGAAGGUCAUGUUCGAUUGCGUUGGCGAGUUCUUGGACUACAAGUGCAGGCAAAGGUCGUGGGGCGAGCUCAGAGGGGUGUUGCUUGAGAGGAAAGGAUGGUUGGCGAAGGAGUUGCACAAAGAGAUAUUAGGGUGGAAGACCAUGGGAGAUAUGAUGGUGGAUGAGCUUGUGGAUGGGGACAUGAGCUGUGGGGAUGGGAAGUGGGUCGACUUCGGAGUGGAAGCAUUUGAAGAAGGUGCGGAGACAGCAGAUGGGAUUCUCGGGGAGUUCAUUGAUGAAAUAGUUUGUGAUCUUUUGAUUCUGUAA